AUGAUCUUCGACGGACACCACCAUGAGCACGACGAGCACGAAGAGCACGAUCACUAUGGUAACUGCAAGAAAAAUGAGGCGAUUGAAAGGCUCGGUGCUGAUUCGUUCUUGAUUAGUAGUGAUCCUGAUCAAAUGAAGAGUCAUGGAAAGAUUGUUAUUGUUGGGGCGCCUGAAAAGCCUCUUCAUUUACAUUCGUUUUCGUUAAUCAUGGGAAGGAAGAUAGUUGUUGGGAGUAAUAUUGGGGGAAUAAAAGAGACUCAAGAGAUGAUUGAUUUUGUUUCGAAACAUGAUAUAACUACAUAUAUUGAGGUUGUUUCGAUUGAUGAUAUGAACAUUACGAUGGAGCGAUUGGUGAAGGCGGAUGUGAGAUACCGUUUUGUAAUUGAUAUCGCUAACACUCUAAAAAACAAGUCCUAAUUGUUUUCAUUGAUUUAAGGAUGAUGGGGAAUUAGUUAAUAAAUGUGUAUGUGUU